AGUGAAAACCGAUCGAAGCAGUUUGUGUUUCGGUCGUAGAUUUUGCAAUUAUUAUCUGAAAAUACGUGACAAAUACGCGUAAAAUAACCACAUUUAACUGUUAUUUCUAAUUUAAGUGAUUUUCGAGAUUAAUCUGCAAUUUUGUGGGCAGUAAUAGUGUAAUUAGUGUUUAGUUUGUAAUGGCGUGGUAAAAGACUGUAAAAUGACGCAGUUUUUACCACCGAAUUUGCUCGCAUUAUUUGCGGCGCGCGACCCUAUCCCUUAUUUGCCGCCGGUGGCGAAGCUCCCUCACGAAAAGAAGCAAAAAGGAUACGAUGGUGUCGGAUCAUUCCUUAGUUAUUUUGAGCAUCCGUCAGAAACCCCACCACCAACCCGAGUGGAGACCCGUGAAGAACGGCUGGAGAGAAGACGACGUGAGCGAGCGGAGCAGACAGCAUACAAACUUGAACAGGAGAUAGCGUUGUGGGACCCGUCCACUAACCCCCGUGCCACCGCUGAUCCGUUCAAAACUCUGUUUGUUGCUAGGAUUAAUUACGACACUUCAGAAUCUAAACUCAGAAGAGAAUUUGAAGGAUAUGGCGCUAUUAAAAAGAUCUACAUGGUAUUCAACAAGGAAAACAACAAACCCCGCGGCUACGCCUUCAUAGAAUAUGAACACGAGCGAGACAUGCAUUCUGCAUAUAAGCACGCGGACGGUAAGAAAAUCGACGGCAAAAGGGUACUGGUGGACGUCGAGCGCGCCAGGACCGUCAAGGGGUGGCUGCCGAGAAGACUGGGCGGCGGGCUGGGCGGGACGCGUCGCGGCGGCGCCGACGUGAACAUCAAGCACUCCGGACGAGAGGACAACGAGAGGGAGAGGGAACGUUACCGGCUGGAGCAGCGGGACCGCGAGAGGGACAGAGACCGUGGUGCUCGCAGGCGGUCUCGCUCGCGGUCGCGGCGGCGCUCCACAUCGCGCUCGCGGCGACGCGGGGCGGACAGGGAGCGCAGGGGGACCGAGGAAGAGGCUCCUGAGAGACGUCGCCGCCGCUCGCGCUCGCGUUCGGAGCGUCGCCGCGAGCGCCGCGACCGCGACAAGGACCGCGAUAAAGAACGCGACCGCGACAAGAAGCGCUCCCGCCGCGACAAGGAGCGGAAAGAGCCCAAGGUCAAACCGGAGGACAUUAAGGUCAAACAGGAGCCCAUGGAUGACUAUCCAGAGUUCAGCCUACCUCCAAUGGACGUCCAGAUCAAGCAGGAGCCAGGUGACGAGGAAAACAAAUAUAACCCAGACGACACUAAUGGUGAUGACUAUAAUUAUUAGAUUUACAAUACCCGUGCGAAUAUACAGGAAGUUAGUGACACCGCAACGAAAACUUUUGUGGGUGUUUCAGCUCAUGAUUCUGAGUUAAUAACAAGUGGCGAAGGUUAAGCAAAGCGUGAAGAAUCACCUAGUAGGCCAGUAUGGUAGUCGCAACUGAUUCGAAACUGACUCAUUGCGUUGCUUUUCAGUUGCUACUGCAAUUAGGCCUUGUCUAUGUUUACCAUCAGGU